GAAGAAUGAAGCAGCCAGUGUGCCAAAGCCAGACUUUGUGCCCAAGACUCUGUCAGAACUAGGAGUGAUGGACACAUUGAAUGGUGGUUUGCCAUCUACCAAUGUUACAGCCACCACCCCUCAGAGGUCCCCGUACGGUUCGCCCGCCCGCUCUCCGGUGCACACCCCCACGCACACCCCCCAGUACCCAGGCUCAUCCCCCCUGCCUUCCCCCAUGAACUCGGGCCAGCCCAACUGGGACCCUCUCUUCCCCCCGGGAGGCCCCCCGCGCUCUGCUAAUGCAUCACCUUUGCCAUCACCCAUGAAGAGCCCAGCACGUUCCCCCAUGGUGCAGACACCCACAGCACAUGCCCUCUAUGACUUUGAACCUGAGAACCCUGGAGAACUUGGCUUCAAUGAGGGAGACAACAUCGCCUUGAUCCAACGGAUUGAUGAAAACUGGUUUGAGGGAACUGUUAACGGCAAGACAGGGCUGUUCCCCGUGAGUUAUGUUAAUGUGACGGUGCCUCUUCCUUAAAGUCUCUCGCACCAUCCACCUCUGCCAAGACCCAGGGGAUCCUCAACGAAAUGAGCACAGGGGAUUGUAGAAAGUGAUUGACUCAUUUGGUACCAUCUUGAAAAUAUACUGUAGAUCUUCUACAAAUAAAUGUUGCAGUAUAUUUAAAUGAAGUAUAGAGGAAUUGAUUGUAUGAUGCAUCAUUUUAUUUUCAAAUUUUAAUCCAAUGUAAAAUAAUUUUUAUUUGAAAAUAUUCAGUGAUACAAGAGAUUUUCUUUGAAAAGCACAUUAUUACAGUAUUACUGUCUCUAAGGGUGGAAGUAGGCUUAUUGUUAUAGCCUUGGUUAUAAUCAGAGUCUUGUUUUGUAUACAGCUAUAUGUUCAUUGUUUGUUAUGAAAGGGACCACUGUUGUAACUUCAUUGUGAAACUGAAAAGAGAAUGCCUCAAAAUUUAUUUAAUUGACUGAGUAACAUUUUGUAAUUGUUUCUUCAUUUCAUAUUCUGUACUUUAGUUUCUUCCUGUUAUAGUCAGUGCCUCAGUUUCUUCCUAUCAUACUCAGUGCUUCAGUUUCUUCCAAUCAUACUCAGUGCUUCAGUUUCUUCCUAUCAUACUCAGUGCUUCAGUUUCUUCCUAUCAUACUCAGUGCUUCAGUUUCUUCCUGUCAUACUCAGUGCUUCAAUUUUUUCUGUCAUACUCGGUGCUACAGUUUCUUCCUGUCAUACUCAGUGCUUUACUUUCUUCCUGUCAUACUCAGUGCUUUAUUUCUUCUUCUCAUACUCAGUUCUUUACUUUCUUCUUUUCAUACUCAGUCCUUUAGUGACUAGGAAGAAAAUUACGUAGUCUGUUUUAGGAUUAUUGCAAUGUUAAUGUUUUAAUUCUACUUUAGUUUCCAAUAUCUUAUAACUAAAGUUCAGUUGUUAAUGAAUCCACAUUUUAAUACAGUAUAAACAAGUGUUUGAACAUAAUUCCACAUUAUGAUGUUACAUUCCACAUCUUGGUGCCACAUUCCACUGUGUGGGAUGAGCACUGAAUAAUUUACAACAGUACACAUGCUGGAUGUUACAAGUCACUCACCAGAAACAUAUGUGUAUUAGACACUUAACAAUGUUAACUGCAGUUUCAUGCAUACAACUGCUGAUGGAUGAUAAAAUGAAUUACUGUACUCAUAUAUUCAUUGCCUUUAAGAAACUAUUUUGUGUACACACACACACACACACACACACACACACACACACACACACACACACACACACACACACACACACACACACACACACACGUACACACACACGUUUUCAUAUGUAGUAUCCAAAACUAAUUUCAGAUUAGUGUAAGAUUCUUUGACAGUUUUGAGGGUAAUUUCAUGAUCAAUAUUGUAUGUUUUUCAUCCCUAAAUAAACAUAUUAUCAUUGCAGGAGAUAACUGUAAUAAAUUUAAUUGUAAUUAUUUCAGUGUAUGACUCAUCUCAGUGAUAUUAUAAUAUUUAUUAGCAGGUGUGUUAAGUUUAUUAGAGAAGGUAUAUAAGAGGAGUAACCUACAGUAAGGCUCCAUGACAAGAAACUUGCUCUGUAAGUUAUGAGAUGUUGCCAUGGGUCUGGGUAGAAGGUUGUAAUGAGACUGACACACCUCACAGUGAAUAAUGCCCCACUGAUUAUGGGUGAGCCCGGUCCAAACUUCAAUCUUCAUUCUGAAAGAAACUAGAUUUUACAAAAUGUUUUACAAGGGAAAAAAGUAGGUUUAGUUGAUAAUAUUUGACUAGCCAGUCAUGAAAUUCACUUUUUUUAUAUUGUUAACUGAGGUAUAAAUUAUUAAGGAACAUCAGAAGACUCGGUACACCAGUCCUGUCAUUAGCAGGUGACUUCAUGCUAUUGUCAUAAAACUCUGUAAAAAAUGUGUGAUGAUAAUUUUAGGUGCAACUGAUUUCGAAAUAGAGAUAAAUUAUCUUAAUGAAUGAAAUGAGCAGCAGAGGGUAGCUCAUUUCACUAUCCAAAAUGGAAGAAUACUGUGCAGAGACUUAGUUUGUACAGUAUUACCUGCAAAUUACGAGAAUUGAUGUUCUAUAUAUGAAAGUGACUUAGCUGCCUACUGCGCACUCUGCUGGCAUGUUACUCAUAUGUUUGUUCUUUACCAUCCUCAGCUUGAGGAUUGUCAUAUCAAUACUGUCAAAUAUUGUAUGUCGCUAAAUAACCCUCUCAUAAUUUUAAAGCUGGAAAGCAAAGAUAUCGCAAUAGUCAUUCUGCUGUAUCUGAGCAAGUUAAAAGUAGUCAGUGGUUGAUUUUUACCAAAUGGUCAGAUAUGAUCACUGCAGAUAAUAAUGCACAGUUUUGUCUUGAAGCACCAGAUGAAGUGGACUUAUCAUCAGUGACAGGGCAUUAGUGUUAUUCUCAAAUCUAGUGUCUUUGAAAAGUCAGCCAAUUGUUGUAUAUGUAAUAUUGUGAUGUUUUAUGUGUCUCAGAUGUUAAGUGAUGAAUUUAAGAUUCUGUUAAAGUUGGGAAUGUUUGCCUUUAUAGAAGUUAUAAUAUUAAGCUGAGUGGAGUUGUGAGGAAGGUCUUUGUUUUGUAACUUGGAAGUCAUACUCGGCCAUGAUUGUGUAUCUAUCAUGCCUUUGCCACUAGACUUUUGUAAUGUACUACUAUACUUGGCUAUGUACCUACAGAUUCAUUUCAUUAUAUCAAUUAACUUUCGCAAACUGAAGAAGAAGAAGAAGAAAAAAAUUUAAAGUGGGAUAAAAUUUUUUAAUUUUUUAGGGCCAUAAAUAUUUUGAACAUGUUUAUGUUAGAAGCCAGUACAGUAUGUUUGAGUACACUUAUUCCAACUUUAUAAAUCAUUACACUUUAACUAUUAUUAUGUUGUCUUAUUUAAUUUAAAGCUUGAUGUAUAUUGUUAGAAAUUCCUCUUUGAAAAAUACUGAUGGCAAUACAAUUGUUAUUAUGUAGAAUUAUCAUCAGUAAAAAUUUAAGAUUUGAACAAUACUAAUGUAAUAAUUUUGAAAUAUAGAAUUUGGUAGCUAUAAAAUACAUAAUAUAAUAAUUAUGCCUUUGGAGUUGUGUUGUAAAUAAUAAAACAUUUAUGUAUAUUUAUUUUCAAGGAAGUUUUAUUGUAUGUCUCAUUGUACAUAGACCAGCAUUAGAUGUGCUCUAGCCUAGUUGAGUUGGUAAUGAAGAUGUCUCUUGUGCCCACAAGAUGGUUCACCAGUAAGUCUUUCCUUUUUUUAUUCAGUCAUAAUGGUGUUGACACUCAGUUUUGUAUGAUUAAGGCAAGUUAGGGCAGUUCCAUAUAAUUCUCUUUUAUAUGCCACCAUAAAUAAAACUUUUGAGAUAAUGUGGUAUUCACACACACUUAUUUACAAACUUACAAUAAGGUAUUGUGGCAUUGAAAAACUUGCAUAAGAAUUAUUGAAUUGAUAUGCUUAUGUAAGGACUUACUGUGAGUUUGAUGCACUCACAUGGAUUGUGGUUUCCAUUCACAAAGAUUGUAACAUUAAUGCACUUACAUAGGGAAAUGUAACAUUGGUGCAUUUACAUAGGUAGUGUGAGACUGGCACACCCUUUGUUAAGCAUGACAUGUUGACAUGAUCAGUUAAUGGAAGAGGGCUCCAAGUAUGUGCAGGGCCAGACGUCAGUUUUUGCAUCACCUUUGUUAUUUUUCUUUUAUUGGGGGGGAUUUUUCAAGAAGUCAUUUAUCUGUUUUUGUGUUUUGGUGGAUUUUACUUAAAAUUGUUUAUGAGAUAUAUGAUGCCUGAAACCAACCAACGACGGUAACACAUACAGCAGGUAUUCCCUCAGAAUAUAUUGAUGUCAUAUAAAUAUUGAGUUUACUUUCCAAACCUUAGGGAAUAUUUUUGGUCAUGGAGCAUUAGAGGGGUCAUUGGAAAUGAUUAAUGUAAGUUAAUGUUGUGCAGUUUUGCAAGUGAUAUUAUUUGGUGGUACCAGUUCCAAGUUGACUUCCCUCCUUACAUUUGUACUGUAGUAGAGAAAUUCAAAUAUUGAAUUCUGAGAUUGCUGUGAAUAUUCUCUAAUCAAAAUCUUCUUCCCUUUAUGGCGUAAUGCAUCUUGUGAGAAACUACUUGACAAAUGUUUAAUUUUCUUUCGCCUUUCUUCUAAUUUCAGUCUUUUACAUGUUUGACACAUUUAUAUCUUGAUGAAUAUAUAACAAUAGUUAAUAAUGUUGUUACUCAUAAUAAAUCAUUUGCAGUCUCAUUAAAAGCCCAUCAUAAGUUACUUUAGUAGAAAGAUCUUGACAGUGUUAACAAACUCAAGGACACUUAAAUAAUAUUUGCUAUAAUUUUACAUAAUGGAGAUGUUUCACUUCCAUAUGAACAGGAGAGGAUAGUCUAUUGGAUUAGAAAGAUGACUGACUAAGUACACAGUGUUACCAUUGAUGGUUCAUAUUUUGAUCUGUCAAGGACAUAAUGUGCUAUUCCCUCCGCCAUCACUUAUAAGUUGCAAAUUAAAUAUCAUAAGAAAUAAGUGUAGGAUUCUGAGACAAACUUGCAAUUAAAUGGUACAUUCCACAUGUAAGUUAUUACGUGGGUAAAGGAUGUGACCUAGCUUGCUUUCCUCUUGACUCACCUCUGUAGCCAUCUUCUCUAUUUUCUUCCACUUUCUCUGCCUUGCUGUAUGUAACUGUACCCCUUACCGAUGUUCAGAUCUUUUAGUGCUAUUGAAACUUCUGUGACUAAUGUCUGUACAUGUGAAAUAAACGUUGAUGACAUGA